AUGGUGGUGUUGGUGCAGAUGGCGGCGCACAGAGCGCAGCAGCAGGUGCGACUGCGACAGAUACAACAGACACGCAAGCAACUGCUGGGGCGCAGUGCGAGCUACAACGGCACAGCGCCCACAGCCCGCCAUCCCGCCAUACACAAGCCCGGCCACCUCUCAGCACACUGCUCCCGCACCUCCUUACCGGUGAGCCCCCUGGCGAUGGAACGAGGCAGGAAUAAAACCAAGAAGUCCUCGUCUAAUUCGUCAAUCAACAAUUUCCACUCGAAGGUGAUCGACAAACUCAAGAACGUGCUGCACAUCAAAGACUCAGAGGACACCCAGGACUCGGCUGACGCUCAGACGCCCCAGCUCUACGGGGAGCCGCAGGCCUCGUCCCCUCGGUUGGAGGAGGAAGUGACCAGGAUGAACAGAAGAUUAUCUCGCCCCACCUCCCGCACCUCGAGAAGUUCGUCCGAUUUUCCCAACAUUGCCGAGGAGACGGUGGACUGCAAUGGCGUGGUGGUGGUGGCGUAGCCUACGUAGUGCAGAGACACCUUCCCACCGCGCCCUCUGUACCUUCCCACCACGCCACAUGCGUUUGUAAAAUUCGCGGCUCGUUUUUAGUUCUCUUCAGGCUGUCUUUGUGAUGCACUUGGUCGUCUGUCGCCCCAUGCGGCGUUGCUCGCUGCUUUAUGUCGCUCUGUUCAGUUCCCAUGUUUUGCUCAGGUUUUUAUGUUUUGCUGGAAGGUUAUUCUGUUCUGUUGCGAUGUCGCUCGUCACGAGGCUGCGGUACUGUUCAUCGGAAUUUUUUUAUUGGGCGCGGUGCGGAUCUGCUCAUCAAGUUUCCUUAAAUUCUUAUUUUAUAUAAAAAUAUAAAAUGUUAUACGUAUGACCCACUAACUACGGUUAUUUGUGUGCUCAUGAUUGAAAGGCGUGAUAGGUAUUUAAAACAUAAUUUAUUCGUUCUCAACAUUCGAAUGUGAAACUUGUUGUCAAAACUCAAAUCACCUUGUGCAGCUGAUCUUUGUUUAUAUAGAAGCAGUAUUAAAACAAUAUCUUCUCUUUAAUUAUGUGCAGAUUUUGAAUCUCUGCUGCACUUUAAAAAUUAUUACCAAACCAUUUCCUGAAAUUUUGUGCUUGUUGUGGUCCAUGCUAGGCUAGGAAUUCCGAAAUGUAUUAUUAAGCAACAUAAAGUAGUAAAGCAUUUGUGAUUCAACAAUGAAAUCGCACGUCAUCCAAAUAUGUAACAUUUACAUAAUUGAAUCUGUCAAGAGUUCAGCGAUAUGAAAUGUUAAUUGAUGCAUCACGUACAAUAAGGCUUCGUUACUUAACUUAAUUUGUUUUAGGGGUCCGCCAGAAUUAUUAUCCAUGUACCGUGUGUGCCGUGUAACUAGCAGUACUGCACUGCCCACUUUGUCUAGACGUCUCCACAGGUAACUUUUGGCCGUGGGAUGACACAUUCUGAUGAGGAAUAAUGCUGUUUCAAUUCAAAGCAAAUUCAUUUACCUGCUAUACAGCAAGGCCUAGUUAGAUUCUGGGCCAAUACUUUCAAAAAAGUUAAGAGAUCGUAAGUUCAUCAGCCAAUCA